AUGCCCUUCACCAAAAACGACCUGAAAUCGCGACACGCCUACGUGGUGCCUGCCAUGCUCCGCAAUCUGUCCUACAAGCUGACGUCGGCGUUGUCGUCGUCUGAAGUCCCGACGCUGCCCAGGAAAGACGGCGAGUUUGGCAAGGCGACGCGGACGGAGCAUUUAUUCCCCACCACCGACCCCGCCGUCGAUGGCGACGAGUGUCUGCGCGACUGCGAUAGCUGCAGCGUCAAGUAUCCGCGGAAAUUCGAGAUUGAUGAGACGGAAGAGUUAUAUGGGCAUGUGAAGGGGUUCAGUACGCAUUUGCUGGUUGCGACGGGCAAGACGGAUUGGGUGCGCGAUGUAGCGGAUGAGAAGGGGAGUGUGAUGGAGGCGGUGGAUAGGGGGGAUGUGAAGCCUAGCAAUGGGAAACUCAUGCUCUCCGCCACCGACAUCCCCGUCCCCGACCACUCAGACCACAGCACGACCGUCCUCCUGCUCCCCGCCUGGCAAUGGAUAGACAACGUCACGCCCUCCAACACACCCCUCCUAAUAACCCACUUCGUCAACCCCGGCCCGACAAACUCCUCGCCGUACCCAUACACAAAGCCCGCAGCGACCCAAACCGCCCCGGAUGAACAUUCAUCCCCCGCCAUACCCGCAUCCCUGCCUCUCAAAGCCCGCCCCUGCGCGCACAAAUACCUGAUCCUGAUGUGCAGCCAGAAGACGCGCGACGCGCGCUGCGGCCAGUCUGCGCCGCUGUUGCGCCGCGAGUUCGAGCGCAUAUUACGCCCGAUGGGACUUUAUCGCGAUUUGCACGAUGAGCGGCCGGGCGGGGUGGGGAUAUACUUCAUCAGCCAUGUGGGCGGACACAAGUUCUCUGCGAAUGUAAUGGUGUAUCGACACUCGAGUGUUAUACAGCGGGGGAAUGGCGAGGUCAAUGGUAAUGGGCAGGCGUUGCCGAAAGUGGAGGAUGCAGAUGGGCGCGAAGUGCUGCUUGAUGCGGACAAGGAGGAUGGUGGGGAGGCGGCGCAGUGUAUAUGGCUUGCGCGCGUUAAGCCCGAGGAUUGUGAGAAUAUCAUUAGGUAUACUGUGUUGCAGGGCAAGGUAGUCAAGCCGGAGAGGCAGUUAAGAGGAGGGUUUGAUCGGUGUAAACAGUUGGCGAGUUGGUGAGUUGGUAGUCGCAUAGAUCAUUUGCAAUAGACUUCUGAGCAUCAUUGU